CCAUCACGCCUGUGAAGCAAACACGUCCAAAGUGGAGCGGGGACGACCGGGAGCGCUGGUUUUCGGGAUUUAAGAAGCUGAGUGAUGCACACCUCUAGGGGGUCACAGUCUGGACAGGUAUGAGACCUGUGGCGCUCAUGGAUGAAGGACCAGCAGAUGUUUAGAGGAUCCGUGCGUGGAUGCAGCUCCAUAUUCCACUCUUUCUCCACCAGCAGGCCUGGCCCAGUUCAGCUUCACAUGGAUGGAUCCUUCUGUAGCAGCUGUACUCAUGGAAUACAAAGCUCGUGUUGGUGAGCAUGUCUGCCUGUCCGAGUCCAGGGAGCCUCUCCUCCUGACACAGCCUCUCCAUACGGACAUCCCCUGGUCGCUCCGAGCCCCCUCGCUAUGAGGACGGCUGCUCGGUGAUUCGGUGCCUCUGCACGCCUGCACGGACUGGAGAGCGCGUAUUUUUGGAUCGGGCUUUGUUGGCUACACAGGAUUUAUCUGCGCCGUGGGCUUUCUUUGUGUCAAAGGGCUUAACGCAGACAGAGCGGGGGCUUUGCUUCACCCUCUGUAGCGCCCAGCUGCUCUCUUUGUGGCCGGGCCGUGAUGGCAGGCGGCCGGCCGGAGGCGCAGGACCACCCGCCUGAGAACGGCUUCACCCCGCUGGAGCACCCGGUGCCCCGGCUGCUGCCGCACAUCGACGGCUCGGUUCUGCCGUCUCUGGGGGGCUUUGGGAAGCACCAGAAGCAGCUCGUGGUCCUGACCUGGAUACCGGCAUUGUUUAUCGGCUUUAGCCAGUUUUCGGAUUAUUUCCUCCUGGCUCAGCCAAAUGGCACGUGCGUUCAGCCGCUGGUCAACCAGAGUAACUGGACCAACUCGUCACUGCCGGUCACCGUCAGCUCACAGAUCACUGACAAUGUCAGCACCGGGGAGGGAUACGGCGACGGCAGCGGUCUGCUGUGCGCGUGUAAGGAGUGGAGGCUCGAGCUGCAGACGGGACUUAGUCAGAAUGUGGUUACCAAGUGGAACCUGGUGUGUGACUCUGCCUGGAAGGUGCACAUUGCAAAGUUUUCCCUGCUGGUGGGCUCCAUAUUUGGCUACCUAGUAAUGGGUGUCAUGGCCGACUGGUUUGGCCGGCACCCGGUGUUGAUUCUGUCGGUUCUUUUCAUGCUGGUGUUUGGUCUGAGUGUUGCCUUCUCUGUAAACGUCACCAUGUUCAGCACCUUGCGCUUCUUUGAGGGUUUCUGCUUGGCGGGCCUCGCUCUCUCCCUCUACGUGCUCAGGAUCGAGCUUUGUUUGCCAGGCUGGCGUUUCUCCAUGACCAUGGUGGCCAGUUUUCUGAUGGUAGGCGGCCAGCUCCUGAUGCCAGGGGUGGCCGCUCUGUGCCGUAAUUGGCCCGACCGGGAUGACUGGCAGGUCCUGCAGAUCGUCAUAAUCAGCCCUUUCGUUUUGAUGCUUCCGUACGUCUGGAUUUUUCCUGAGUCUUUGCGCUGGUUGCUGGCAACCCAGCACUACAGGCGAUCGAAGGCCAUGAUGCUGCGCAUCGCCAGAAAGAACCAGGUUGACAUGACAACCGAGCCGAGUGGAGUUCUCUCAGAGCUGGAGCAGGAGCUGCACAAGAAACCCCAGAGGACCUGCAUUGUGAAGAUGAUGAGCACCCGGAACCUGUGGAAAAACAUCGUGGUGCUAUGUGUCAACUCGCUGACAGGUUAUGGGAUCCACCACUGCUUCGCUCGCAGCAUGAUGGACCCCGAGGCCCAGCCAACUGCUCUGUGCCAUGCUGACUACUACACCAUGGCUGGCAUCGCAGUAGCGACCUGCCUGGCUCUUUGUCCUGCUGUGGGGUUGAUGGGUCGGAGAGGAGGGCUGCUCACCUUCAUGAUCAUAACAGCCCUAGCAUCACUCCUCCAGCUGGGUCUGCUCAACUUGAUUGGGAAGUACAGCCUUCGUCAUGACACAGUUCUACGAGACACUCUGAACAGGAAAUUCUCGGUGGCUUUCUCCAUCAUCGGCAUGUUCUCGUCUCAUGCAGUCAGCACACUCAGCAUAUUCUUUUGUGCUGAAAUCACUCCCACUGUCAUCAGGGGAGGAGGUCUAGGCCUGGUCCUGGCCAGUGCUGGAUUCGGCAUGCUCACUGCACCCAUCAUGGAGCUCCACAACCAGAAGGGCUACUUCCUCCAUCACGUGAUCUUCGCCUGCUGCACCCUGCUGUGCAUCAUCUGCCUGCUGCUGCUGCCCGAGCCGCGGGGCCAGCCUCUGCCUGAGAGCCUGGCGGACGGAGAGACCUUCACCCGUCAGACUCUGCUCCAUCCGGGAGAGCAGCACCUUCUUCUCGCCAAGACUGACGGGGACUACUCUAGGGUCCACGACACACCGUUACACCUCUCGGCCACUGGGGGCGCUACAGUGGCAGCGGCCACCGCUCUGGCAGCGGUACCUGCCUCGUACGCCCUUGCAACUGGAGGGGAGAUAAUCGGAAACCGUGCCAUAGCCAACGGGGUGUGAGCAUCUUAGCAAUAGUCUUCUACUGUGCUGUUAAUCACUCCAGCAUUAACGCGACUGAAUGGGCUUUGAACUCUGAAAAAGAAAAACCUUUAAAGGAGGAAAUGAAAUGUUCGGAUGAACCAAAUGAACUCUUAAAUGUUGAGCUUUGAGAUGGUGACGAUAGUAAAUCUGUGUCGUUUUUAGUGACUAUGAUUCAUUCAGGAGUUGCCAAAAAUAUUGUACUGGACUACGUUUGUCUAAAGUCGGUGUGCAUUCAUAAUAUGAAAGUGUUCAGUGGUGAUUUUCUUGCACUGCAGGCCGCUCUGUCGAGAAUGAUUCACGGGAAAAAGAAGCAGAUGCAAAGUAGAGCAGCUUUCAAUGACGAGUGCUCUUUGAGUUUUCUGUUUGUAGUUUUGACUCGUUGAGGGACGGUUCCACUGCAUCUUCUAACUCUUUAUAAGUUCUUUUGCACUAAAACGUCAGAGACACAAUCAAGUGUUUGUGAUUUUCAGCCAACACAUUGGAGAUGCAGGGAUUGGCUAAACCACUACCACUCUUUUUUGCAUGAAAGGGCACAAACAGUUUUACAUGUUUUUUCUUGUUACUUGUGGUCCCUCUUCUAGAAGUCCGAUGUGGCACUUUAUCCUCAGAGGAGAGGUCCGUAAAGACUGGUGUUUAAAGGGAGCAUUACUGCUGUUGGUGUGGGUGUAUGAUGGUUGUCUGAAGUUGAAGAACAGCCGGAGACCUUGGCAGACUUUAUGUGUAGCCUAUGAAGACUGUGAGUAAUGCAAAGAGAAUCUGAGAGUUGAACGGACAUUAGAGUGUACUGCUGUAUGUCUUAUGACGCGUCUCAGCAUUUUAAGGCUUUAUUACGGUGGCCCAGAAGGUCAACUGGAUCAAAGAUUCAUGAUUGGAAAAGAAAAUCAUCAGAUGGCAAAAAUAUUUCAUGAAACGAAAAUAUUUUAUCAGACAGAACAAUAACAUUUUUCUUUCUGUGAAAACAAUUUCACUUUCUCCAAAAAAGAUUCACGGUCUACAGAAGAAGAUUAAGGCUACUGAAAAAUAAGAAUUAGAGAUGCAAUUAUUUUUUUACUUGUGAGAAAAAAGUCUGAUUUCUGAGAUUAAAGUUAGAAUUCUGACUUUUUUCAGGAGUCAAAAUUCUGACUCUAAUCUGAGAAUUCUGACUUUAAUCUCAGGAUUCUGACACUAAUGUCAGAAUUCUGACUUUUACAGGAGUCAAAAUUCUGACCCUUAUCUCCGUAUUAUGACUUUUCAUCGGAAUUCUGAUUUUAAUCUCAAAAUUCUCACUUUAUUCUGGGAAUUCUAACUUUUUGUUGGAAUUCUGACUUUUCCUCAGAAUUCUGACUUUAAUCUCAAAAUUCUAACUUCAAUCUCAGAAUUCUGACUUUU